AUGAGAAGUGCAGGGGAUGAGAGAGGAAAGCGGGCCAUGAGAAGUGCAGGGGAUGAGAGAGGAAAGCGGGCCAUGAGAAGUGCAGGGGAUGAGAGAGGAAAACAGGCAGUGAGAGAUGCAGGGGAUGAGAGAAGGAAGAAGGCAGUGAGAGGUGCAGGGGAUGAGAAAGGAAAGCAGGCCAUGAGAGGUGCAGGGGAUGAGAGAGGAAAGCGGGUCAUGAGAGGUGUAGGGGAUGAGAGAAGGAAGCAGGCAGUGAGAGGUGCAGUGGAUGAGAGAAGGAAGCAGGCAGUGAGAGGUGCAGUGAAUGAGAGAGGAAAGCAGGCCGUGAGAGGUGCAGUGAAUGAGAGAGGGAAGCAGGCAGUGAGAGGUGCAGGGGAUGAGAGAGGAAAGCGGGCCAUGAGAGGUGCAGGGGAUGAGAGAGUAAAGCGGGCCAUGAGAGGUGUAGGGGAUGAGAGAAGGAAGCAGGCAGUGAGAGAUGCAGGGGAUGAGAUAGGAAAGCAGGCCAUGAGAUGUGCAGUGGGUGAGAGAGGGAAGCAGGCAGUGAGAGGUGCAGGGAAUGAGAGAGGGAAGCAAGCAGUGAGAGGUGCAGGGCAUGAUAGAAGGAAGCAGGCAGUGAGAAGUACAGUGAGAGGUGCAGAGAAUGAGAGAGGUAAGCAGUAG